CCGUCUUGACCAUGCAUUGCUAUGGUAUGGACUAAAGUUUGACAGUCAGCAUACAUGGGGCAUACAGCCAAGAGAACAAAUGGAUCAGAAAGGAAACUAUGAUACGGAUCCCUUUCUCUGAACAGCCAUUGAAACUGAUUUGUUCACCAUGCCCGCUCUGUCUUCAAACUCCACUUAUGUGCUGUCCACUCCUGAUUCCACCUGGUCCUUUACUAGCACCAACUUCAGCACUACACCUUACACCAACACGACAAUCAACCCAAUCCUCACAGAGGUGGAAAAUGCUUUCAAAAAUUUCCUGGACAAUAUUCCCUUGCCCCGAUGGCUCACGUUGCUGCUGUUUGUCCUUGGUGGAGUGAUCUUACUCAUCAUCUUCCUCUGCAUCUGCAUUAAGUGCUGCCGUAAAAAUAAGAAAAAAAAUAAGAAAAAUGAGAAGAUCAAUCUGAAAGGAGUGAACAGCGGCAGCACCACUGCACUUGUCCAGCCUGAUGUGGCCGAUCUGGACUAUGGUUCAUCUAAGAAGUACCGCGGGAAGCUGCUGUAUUCUCUGGAGUACAACACUACUCAGUCAGAGCUGACAGUGGGCAUCAAACAGGCCGACAGCCUCAAGGCCAUGGACCUGGGGGGCAGCUCGGACCCUUAUGUCAGAGUGUAUACCUGUCCCGACAAGAACAAGAUCUGUGAGACCAAAAUGCUCAAGAACACACUCAAACCUGUCUUCAAUGAGCAGUUCACUUUUCAGAUAACUAAAACCUCCCUGAUGAAGUCUACAGUGGUGAUGCAGGUGUAUGAUUUUAACAGAUUCUCCAAACACAACCUCAUUGGAGAGGUCAGGCUGCAGCUGGAGAACUUUGAUUGGAACCAUGUCAUUGAGGAGUGGCGGGACCUCAGCGAACCCUCCAAAUUUGAGGAGGAGGAUCUAGGAGAAAUUUGCUUCUCUCUGCGAUACGUCCCGACAGCAAACAAACUGACUGUGGUGAUCCUCGAAGCUAAAAACCUCAAACCUAUGGACAUUGGAGGGAGCUCAGAUCCGUACGUGAAAGUGCAGCUAACGUUGGACAAGAGGAAGUGGAAGAAGAGAAAGACGACUGUCAAGAAAAAGACUCUGGCUCCAUAUUACAACGAGUCCUUUACUUUCACUGUGACCUUCGAACAGAUCCAAAGGGUAAACCUGGUGGUUGCGGUGUGGGACUACGAUACUGUGAGCCGUAACGAUGCCAUAGGGAAGAUCUACUUGGGCUGCGAUGCGUCAGGAAACCAGCUGAGGCACUGGGCCGACAUGCUGUCCAAUCCAAGGCGCCCGGUCGCUCAGUGGCACACCCUGCAGUCGGCCCAACAGGUCAACUCCACCCUCAACCUGAAGAGGAAGUUGCCCGUAUCAGGAAAACUGCCCUUCAAUGGAGAGCGCUGAUCAUAGGAGCUUCACAGGGACUAAAUUAAUUUAAAGUUGCACUAUGUAACUUUUCUGUCUUAAUCGAGAUGUUAUUACUUUGCCAUGAAUGUUGGGCAAUAUGGUGUUAAAUCAACUAUUACGGAGCCCAGAAGGUGACGGUAUCUGGCCAGGUUACAGGCAGAUCUGUGGAAACAUGCUCACAGUAAGAAUGCAUGUCUAGCAAGGUGUUUCUGAGCAAUAAAAAAACAUCUAAUUGAAUCAGUGCAAUUUAGAUGUAUUCCAAGCAAACAAAAGAACAUCUUAAUGAAGACAAGUGGUAGACCCUACACAAGAAAAGUUACACAGUGCAGUUUAGUAGUUUAAUUGUUUAAUAGUAUUCUGACUAAUGUAUCAAAAUCAAAUAAGCAAAUUAUUUCUGUAUAAGCACUUUAGAACUGUUAUUUUCACACUUGUAAAUUAAAUUCCACAUUUUCUGAUUUACAAACUUUUUGCACCACCUACAGAAAUACUUUUUUAUGAGUAUUAUCUUAGGCAAAUAAUGUAAGGCUUAAAUAGGAACUAAACCAUGUCAGGAUCAAAUGAGCUUUAACUAAAACAAAGUAGAAGCCAAAGUACCAACAAUGAUGUCCAUUGCAUUUGAAGAAAAAAUGUAGUUGUUAUUGAAUGCAUCCUUCUUCUCCUGGGUAACAGGCCCUUCUUCUCAUCUUUCUAACUUCCUUUGGCGUUUAUUUCCAAAAGGAGACCACCACAUGACAGUAAAACUUUCUGGGUGCCUUCUAUUUCAACUGAGUAAAGAAAAUUAAAUUAAGUCUAAUUAAGCUGAGCUCAGCAGGAGUCUCAGCUGCUGGUUCAGGACCUCAGAGACCAAAGAUUCAUCAGGAAGUCCCAGGGCCCACAACCACAAACCAGGAAGUAAACAGUGCUACAGCCUUGUUAGUCAAUGCCUAGACAUAAGAGUAAAGUCAUAAGUGCACAAAAAUUGCAAACUUGAGUAAAAGAAAGUACAGCAAAAAAAAAACAAAAGUACUAUAUAAAUGGUUUUGAAAAAAGUAAAAUAAAAAGUACCCAUCACCACUAUAUAAUUCAGUGCUAACUACAGAUUCUGUUGAGAUUGAAGGCUAUUAUUAUUUGAAUAUUUAUGCAUUCUCUAUUGAAUAUUCAAAUAGUAAUUGUUUCAACAGUACAAAUACUAUUAUCAAUGUAUAAUAAUGCAGCUAGGGGUGUCAAAUUAUCGCGUUAAUUGCAAUUAAUUAAUUUCAGUUAUAUUUAGCGUGUUAUCUUUUUUAAUCGCAUUAAUCUCAUUUUUAAUUUUCUUUACUGUUUCUGUAUGUGGGUUGCCUUAUUAUAAAAUCUGUUUUUAUGUGUUGUUGGGACAACAACACAUCGCUUCCGCAAAGAAUGGUCAUUUUCAUUCCCGUUCCUGCCCGAAUUUGUGAUAAACCUGCACACGCAAGAUCUCUGAAAACAGCGCAACACACACACAGAACAGACUCACCAUCAGCAUCAACACCCCUCUGUCACAGAAAGAACACUCAUAUUCCACUGAGUCGUGUCCUUUAGUCUGGCAAAAGCUGAACCACAUCAGCAC